UGUAUGUGUCGGGAAUGGGGACCCGCCCAUUUCCCCAUAUGUUAGGGUUCUCUUUCUCAAUCUCAUUCUCACUCUCACUCUCACAUAGCAGCGAAGGCAACAAUUUCCAUAGGUUUUGCAAAGGCAACGAUCUAGCGGCGGCGAUCUCCGUCGGCGUUACCACGGUGGUUCUCCGGCGUGAGUUGUUGGCACUCUUUUGCAAUUGGCGAAACCUGUCGAAGAGACUUACGCAUCAAUCAGCAGAAAAUACGUACCUUCUCACACGAAUAGGAGAACACUCAACUCUUCCACUCGCCGAGACCUUCUAUAGUGAUUUUUCCUUCUCCAUCAUGACCAUGACCUUUGAAGCAACAAACACAAAGUGUUCGUCAAGAUGUGUAGCGGAUUUGAUUCCACACUCUACCCAUAAACCAUAUAUCUCCAAACCCAUCUUCAUUUGCUUCUCAAAGAGGUCUCUUCCAUUAGCAUUAACUUCUAAACAAGUGGGUUCUCGAAAAAUUACAAAGGGUGGGUCGGUAACGGUCUCAAUGUCAAGCACAUGCAACAACCAGAGUGAAAGCGGCGGUGCUGGUGGUCUUACAUACAAGGAUGCUGGUGUUGAUAUAGAUGCUGGGUCUGAGCUUGUUAGGAGGAUUGCAAAAAUGGCACCUGGGAUUGGCGGCUUUGGAGGACUUUUCCCUCUUGGGGAUUCCUAUCUUGUGGCCGGUACAGAUGGAGUAGGUACUAAACUUAAGCUCGCAUUUGAAACUGGAAUUCAUGAGAGUAUUGGCAUUGAUCUGGUUGCAAUGAGUGUCAAUGACAUUGUUACUUCCGGAGCAAAACCUUUAUUUUUCCUUGAUUACUUUGCCACAAGCCAUCUUGAUGUUGAUCUUGCUGAAAAGGUUAUAAAAGGUAUUGUUGAUGGUUGCCAACAAUCUGACUGCGCACUUUUGGGGGGAGAGACUGCAGAGAUGCCAGAUUUUUAUGCAGAUGGCGAGUAUGAUCUUAGUGGUUUCGCGGUUGGUAUUGUAAAAAAGGAUUCAGUUAUUGAUGGGAAGAACAUCACUGUUGGAGAUGUCCUCGUUGGCUUGCCAUCUAGCGGAGUUCAUUCCAACGGUUUCUCUCUUGUUAGAAGGGUUCUGGCUCAAAGUGGCCUUUCUCUGAACAACCAACUUCCUGGUGAAAUUGUUACAUUAGGGGAAGCUCUAAUGGCCCCGACUGUUAUAUAUGUUAAGCAGGUGCUUGACAUAAUUAGCAAGGGAGGCGUGAAGGGAAUAGCCCACGUCACAGGUGGUGGUUUUACAGACAACAUACCUCGAGUGUUUCCAAAAGGCCUUGGAGCUCUCAUUUAUAAGGACUCUUGGGUAAUCCCUUCCGUGUUCAAAUGGAUACAGCAGGCAGGAAGAAUAGAAGAUUCUGAAAUGAGGCGGACUUUUAAUAUGGGUAUUGGGAUGGUUCUCGUUGUCAGUCAGGAGGCAGCCCAUAGAAUAUUAGGGGAUGCGAAGGGGGCAUAUACAGCAUACCGCAUUGGUGAGGUUGUUAGUGGUGACGGUGUUAGUUAUCAAUAAAAUGUCUGUAACUUUUAUGUCUUGCAAUGCUGCUAAGGCCUUUUCUGGGGAUCAGUUUGAUGAGUUGAGAUAUACAAUGGAUUUCGGCCUUUUUAUUUUUAUUUUUAAUUUUUAUGUGGUUCCUACUUAAUUUUGUUGUUUUGACUUGAGCAGUUGUGUUUGAAAAUGCUUGAAGAUGGUGUAUUUUACUCAUAUCAUGGACAAUUUUUUAUUUUUGGUCCUAAACAUUGCCAAAUUGUUCUCCUC